CCCCCACCCCCCAGAUUAGAUGCAGAUGAUAAUGUCUGUUUGGGGCAAGGAUGAGAAAGGGUGCCUGCAAGAGAGCUUGAAAGGGAGCAGAAUGUGAGCCGCUGAUUGGUGGAACAAAGCAAUUAGUAGAAGGUGUAGAACCAUUGAUAUACCGGUAGUUAGUGCGAGCUGUGGAGCUGGCAUUUGUGAGUUGGGGCCGUAGGUAGCAGGGGCUUCCUCUUCUACUGUCUGAUUAUGUGGGCUUUCUGGUUGCAGCUGAUUUUUUGCUGUUUGUGGCAGCUCUGCAUAGAAGGCCAGACACUCGGACCACACAUUGCAAACCCCAAAUUUGCCACAAACAAUCCCACCCUCACAACAGUUGCUUUAGAGAAGCCCUUCUGUGUGUUUGAUGGCUCGAUGUUGAAAGGAGCAUCCUAUGAAGUAUACCUGUAUGUCAUGAUGGACUCUGCAAGUACUUCAGGUUCCUUUGUUAUGGACAAUAGUAGUAAACCUCUCGACGCUACUUUCCAUCAAACCAGUGGAGGACAAAGUGGGCCUUACAAAGCUGCGGUGUUUAAUGUUCCCAACUGCGCGUCGCUUCCCAAGCUGUCUGAUGCUGUGGACGCUACCAAAGCACCUGCUAUCAUGGCUCAGUAUCUGGUCAGAGUUGGUGACGAUGCCACUUGUUUGUAUGACCCAAAUUUUCUAGAUGCUUGUAAUCCACCUCUCUCCCAAGACACAGCCUACAGGUUUAAAUACGUCCUUGUAGACAGUACAGCAGGUGUCAUGAAAGACCAAACUCUCUGGUCUCAACCAAUCAAAACCAGAAAGUUGAAAUGGUCCUCUACCAUUGAUACCUGGCCAGGUCGCAGAAGUGGUGGAAUGAUAGUCAUAACUUCCAUCCUGAGUGUGCUGAUGUUCACCCUAGUGGCUGGAUUUCUUGCUGCUGCUCUUCUGGCUGUAACGGCAUCAGAAGAGACUCCCACUGAGAUGAGAUACGAAUCCCAAACAACCCAACAGACUGCUCCAAGAGUGCUAGAAACUUCUGAGUCAGAAUUAGAAGCUUCUUCCACCCACUAAAUAUAGUCUUCAAGUCAGAAAAGGUGGCAAACCAGCUGUGGAUGCCCUUUCAAUGCUCCCAGAUGCUUGGAUACGAAGUCUGGUUACAAAAAUGCACAUCUUUAAAAAACUGACCCCAUGUGACUAGUCCCAUGCGUAGAACAGGAAUAUUCAUGAACUUAUCUCCAACUCUCAAGCAGCAAUGAACUUAAAUAUAUGGCUUUUUUCAGUUUAAAAAGUGGGUGGAUAGUCCAUAAUAAUAUUCUAACAUUAAUUGCUUGAAUGACUUCUUAACUUUGAGCAAUGGGCUAUAAGCCCUGUUACUGAAGUUGUGGGUAGCUCAUAUGAUGUUUUCCAGUAUUUCUAACUACAACUCCUAUCAGCCCAGCCAACAUGGCCAGUGGCCAGGGAUUAUGGGAGUUGUAGUUCUAAAUAUAUGGAAGACACCAAAUUGGCUACCCUGAUUUAAGUGAUAUAGCCUGGGUCAUUUAGCAUGUGUGGUUUUUAUAAAGCAAUCAUUUGAUUUGUGAAAAUUGAUUGUAGUAGAGUACAAAUGUAAACUUCUAAAGGUAUCUUAAUUGAUGCUGUAUUUAAGUUCCAAUUUAAAAGAAGAGAAUAUUGAGUAAUUGGAGUCAACAUGGCCAGGGGCGGGGAGGGCAAUGGCAGAGGAAACUGGUUACAAAUCUGAAAAUUGUUGUGGCUGCUUAAGCUCUGUCUUUGGGUGAAACUGAGCAACAUUUAUACAUAGAAUUGCAUGGGAAACCACAUUCCAGAAUGCUCAUUUGUUUAACAUACAUCAUGACAUUCCUGAAAAUCGCCCUGCACUUGGAACAAUAGGGCGUUGGAGGAGCCAUGGCUGACCUUGUUCUAAUGCGAUGCUCCUCUAAUAACACAAUCUGCAGUUUUCACGCAGCAAGAGUUGCUGUUUAUGAUUUUUGCUGGCCCUGUUGUCAGUCUAAUCUACAUCACACCUAAUGAAGGGCACCCCCAAAACGUUUUUUUUGUUGGCUUGGCUGAGGGAUGGGGAGUUUGUGGCCUCCAUCUCUACUUGGAUUCCAGCUCUCAUCAGUCCCAGGCAGCGUAGCCAAUGGAUGGUGGGAGUUGUAGCUUAGCAACAGCUGGUGUAGGGUUAUUGAUCACUUGAUUUGUAAAGUGAUGAUGUAACUAAAAAUCUCAAUCCAGAUACCUUAAGCUUAAGCUUUUUUCAAAAAAAAGUUGGCUGACUGCAUGAUUAAACUGUGGCCCUCCAGAUGUUUGGGCCUACAACUCCCAUGAUUCCUAGCUAACAGGACCAGUGGUCAGGGAAGAUGGGAAUUGUAGUCCAAAACAUCUGGAGGGCCGAAGUUUGGGGAGGCCUGUUCUGAAGCAUGAGUAUACAAGCUGUGAAGCCAGGAGCUGAAGAAUGGGUAAAACGCUGCUUGAACUGAGUUUGACGGUGUUCCUUAGUUGUAACUUGCCCAGUCCCCAGUCACUUUUCUUCCUUGUGUCUUGUUUCAGGCUGCAGAUGAAGCCAUUUGCACUUAUAUUUGCCCAAUAGCCUAGUUCAGGUGUACUGUAUUGAGAAACUGUCUUUCCCAUUAUAAGUGAGACUUAGACUCACAUGGUUCACCACUGCAGUAAACUGUGGCUUAAUAAACAUGCUGGGAUCUUUGGGCUUGUUCACAUUAACCAGAGUUUAAGCAACCCACAACCGUCAGACAUCACGGGGAACUGUGAACAGUUUAAAAUGGGAAGCAGAAGCUUUACAGUUCCUCCUUUCAGGUGUGCAGGCUUAUAGCUCUUGUGAGGUAUUCAAUCCUAUGUAUGUUGUUCAUUAUGAGAAGAAAUGUAACUUGCUUCUUUGUGGUAUGCUGCCCUUCGGAGUUAAAUGAACAGAAAUGUGUGUAAUUUUUUGAGAAUAAACGAUCUAGAGGAA